AUGGAUUUCAUUCGGGUGCCAAUCGCGGUUGUUGUCAUCCUGUUUAUCUGCUGGCUGAUGUCUGAUAACCGUGCGCGUGUGCCCUGGCGCCUGGUAUUUAUCGGACUGGCCAUGCAAUUCACGUUUGCGCUGCUGGUGUUAGGGUCCUCCAUUGGUCAGCAGGUGUUACGUGCCAUAAGUGAUGGCGUCACACAGGUGGUGGCCUCUUCUGCCGCCGGCGCAGAAUUUGUUUUUGGUACUGGUUACCAGGAACAUUUCAUCGCGUUUUCGAUUCCGGCCACCAUCAUCUUCUUUUCCCUGCUCAUGUCAUUGCUGUACCACUUCGGCAUCGUGCAAUGGAUUGUGAAAGGUAUGGCGGCGGGCAUUCGUAAACUGCUGCCUGUGUCAGGUGCGGAAUCGCUGACUGCGUGCGCUAACGUCUUUAUUGGUAACACCGAAGCGCCACUCAUCAUUAAGCCGUAUAUCGCGGGUAUGACCCGCUCGGAAAUCAUGGCGAUGAUGACGGCUGGAAUGGCAACCAUAAGCGGCGGCAUGCUGGCGGUGUAUAUUGGACUUGGAGCGGAUGCGGGUUACCUGAUUACUGCAUCGCUGAUGGCUGCACCCGGCGCGCUGGUGGUGGCCAAGAUCAUGGUGCCGGAAACCGAAAAUCCCGUAACGAUGGGCAAAGAAGUUGUAAAUCUGCCGUCUGACUCAGUGAAUAUGUUUCAAGCCAUGACUAAAGGCGCAUCAGAUGGUCUGAUUCUGGCGGCCAAUGUAGUGGCCAUGUUGAUUGCCUUUGUCUCUAUGGUGGCGCUGCUCAACUGGCUCAUGGGUCUUGCGCCAGAUGUACUGGGUGAACCGUUAACAUUGCAGCGUGUGUUUGGUUGGGUGUUUUAUCCUUUUGCAGUACUGAUUGGCGCGGACCUUGCUGAUGCCGCAAAAAUAGGCAACCUGUUGGGGAUGAAGAUAUUUCUGACUGAAUUUCUGGCCUAUACCGAACUGCAGACGUUAGGUGAUCAGAUAUCCGAUCGCUCCAGAGCAGUGGCCACUUUUGCCCUGUGUGGAUUCAGCAGCUUUGUGUCUAUCGGAGUGCAGGUAGGCGGUAUUGGUGCGCUGGUGCCCGAGCGACGUGAUGACAUCGCCCACACUGCACUGCGAUGCAUGAUCGGUGGCACCCUCGUGACAUUGAUGACAGACCAACAGCAACAAUUCUCCGAGCAGGGGUAUGUUGUGCUGGAGAAUUUCAAAUCACCAGAGGCGCUUGCAGGUCUGCGCCAGGCAGCCCAGGACGUUAUUGAGGGCUUUGAUUUUUCGUCGCACCAGCAUGUUUUCUCAACCACAGCUGAAGCAGCCGCUCUGGGUGAGUACUUCCUCACCUCUGGCGAUCAGGUGCGCUGCUUUCUGGAAUCCGGGGCCGCUGAUGAAAAUGGUCAGUUGCGGGUGGAUAAACAGUUAUCGGUGAAUAAGCUGGGUCAUGCCAUGCACGAUCGUAUUCCGGCCUUCCGCCGCUUUUCCGCUGAUCCGCGCCUGACCACCUUGAUGCAUGAGGUUGGCGUACAAACCCCUCAUGUCUGGCAGUCGAUGUAUAUUUUCAAACAACCGCAGAUUGGCGGUGAAGUGGGCUGGCAUCAGGAUGCCACCUAUUUCUAUACCCAACCCCAGAGUGUAAAGACCCUGUGGUUUGCCAUUGACGACGCAACUCUGCAGAACGGGUGUUUGUGGGUUGCAGAUGCGGGUUCAGAUACGCCGCUGCGUGAAGUGUUUGAAGUGGUUGAUGGCCGUCCGCGAACACGGCGACUUGACCGGACGCCCUGGCCCGAUCUGCAGCAGGCCAAGCCUCUGGAGGUGAAAGCCGGCACGCUGGUCUGCUUUUCAGGCACCUUGCCGCACUAUAGUGGGCCAAACACAUCAGACAAGGCGCGCCACGCAUAUACCUUACAUGUUGUCGAUGGUGAAGCGGAUUAUCCAGUGACAAACUGGAUACAGCGGGGUGAAGAUCUGCCGGUGCGUGGUUUCCUCUGA